AUGCGAGGAAUGCAUGAGCCGCAUGAGCCGCAUGUUCAAGAUGAGGAUUUCUCGCCGUCAGAGGACGGCGAUGAGCCCCUCGAUAUCGAUCAGGAUGAGGUCGAGUCUAUCAUCCAACCAGCACUGAGCCCCGUGGCGACGAGACUUUCUUCGCAAAAGACACCAGCUGCCGAGAAAGCUGCAGCCAUGGAUCGAUUGCCAGACGGCGGCUUGUCCAGCGUCAUGGAAGGCAUCGUUACUACGGAGCCGUACCCUAUGCCUUCCCCAUCGACAGUCUACUCGGACGAUGGGCCAGCCCAGGGUACUCAGACUACUACCAAGCCUCAGACGCGUCAGAGCCGAGGCUUCUCCCUCGGUCAACUGCCGUCGAGCCUCCCACAGGCCAGAUUUCCAUCACCCUGGCAUGCGGGCCCAAAAGAAAUAAUCGUUGAGCAUGAGCGUAGUUCAAGACCGGCAUUAUCCUCGGUAUUCGGUCAAAAUCGACACCGGCGCUCUUCUUCAGGGGGGCCCGAUACUCUCAGAAGAAUACGAGAAGCAAUGCCGUCCAUUUCACUGCCCUCAUUCUUCGGGGGGCCCUCAGCAAAAAGUCCCGACCUCGACGGGAGGCGACGAACCGCCUCGGUUGAUGGGGCAGCAGAGUCAAAACAGGUUGAGGCAUCCCCUAAAAUCGCAGCCGGUCGCACCGGUCAGCCGGAAAACAGGGCUAUGGUGGCUAGUCCGCUGAGCCAGGCAUUCAACGUCUCUGCGCCUUCGAGGCCAUCAUCCAUGCUGUCGGUUCGGCCACGGACGAUACGAAGGUCGACCUCGGAUGAAUCCAUGCUAUACCAUUCACUAUCCAGAGUCUCAUCUCUGGGCGACGACGAUAAGUGGAAGGGUGUCCGAGAGCAGAAGAACAGCAGGCUCAAAGCUAUUACCGACAGCUGGGACAAGCCCACUUUCAAGCUCCCUCAGUUCCCGAACAUCAUUCCAGCUCCGCUGAAGAAAAACUCGAUGCUUGGGUCGGAAACUUCAGACUCGCAUCCCAUGGGAGUAACCCGACCGGCGCCCAUCUCUGAAAGCAGAGACGAGCUCAUGUCAGAACUCGACCGCGCUCUGGAAGCCUUGACUGGGGAUGUUGUCGUAAUGGGGGGAUACCGAGGCUCCGUACUUCGGUCGACCAAAAACAACCGCCAGGUGUGGGUACCCGUGAAGGUAGGGUUAAAUAUUCGAAAGGUCAACUUGGAGGUCGGACUGGAUCCCGAAGACGAGGAGAGAAUGGAAGAGACAAUUUAUUCGUCGGGCAUGCUGCAAAACAUAGGACCGGUUGACAUCUCACGACGCUUAUUCAAGAGGCUACGGGAAUGUGAUAACGCCAGGAAGGGCAACUUACGAGUCUGGGAUUACGGCUACGACUGGCGACUCAGUCCCCAUAUCCUGUCUCGCAAAUUGCUGGCUUUCCUUGAGCAGCUGCCCUCGAACCAAGGCACUGGCCGUGCCGAGAGCGGUGCCACGGUCAUCGCGCAUAGCCUUGGUGGUCUAAUCACGCGCCACGCCGUGAACCAACGGCCCGAGCUGUUCUCUGGAGUAAUAUAUGCCGGUACUCCGCAGAGAUGCAUCAAUAUCCUGGGACCGAUUCGCAACGGCGACGCUGUGCUCUUCAACGAGAAAGUCCUCACGGCGCAAGUGAAUUUUUCGCUACGGACAAGCUUCGUGCUUCUCCCAGAGGACGGUUUCUGCUUCAUCAACAAAUACACGGGAGAGGAAUACCCGGUUGACUUCUACGACGCGCUAGAAUGGGCGAAAUAUUCCAUCUCUCCUUGCAUCGAAGCGGCGUUGCCAGCUUACAAUGCCCGCAAUACGCCUCUGGGCUCGUUCCGGGAGCUGUCUGGAAGAUUACCAACGCCCUUACGAAGUCGAGGCAACAGCGCGGCGGGUGAAGAGCCCAACCGCAACCCGGUUGCUGAGGUUGCGCGAAAGGCAGAAGUAGCCCACGACCGGACCCUGGCGCCACAGAUAGGAACCCUGUCCGGCGACCAACAGAAACAGACAAACGGGCAGGGUGACCUUGGAGCUCGGAGCAGAAAUAUGGCCUACUUGUCGCGCACUCUGGCGGAUACCAAGACGUUUCGAGCGGAGACCCACCACCAGCCUCGACACAGUGACAGUAAUUCAUACCCGCCGUUAGCCAUCAUCUACGGCAAGGAGGUUCCAACGGUGUGGGGUGCUCAUGUGACCUCCCGGGAGGCUAUCGCCUGCACGGAUGCCUACGAUGACCUCGUCUUCCGAAGUGGCGACGGAGUCGUCCUCGCCAAAGAAGCCAUGCUACCAGAAGGCUACGCGCUGGCGAAGGGCGGUCGCGUCAGCACCGACCGCGGGCACAUCACCAUGCUCGGCGAUCUAGAGGCGGUCGGUAGGGCUCUGCAGGCCGUCAUCAGGGGACGUCGGAAGGGUAUCGGCCUCGGGCGCCGGGUUUUGGAUACGAGAAGAGAGGCGGCCCAGCUGAGCGAGCCCUGCCAUCCGUGA